GUUAGAUGAGGAGGGAGAGUAGAUAAGCACCAAUACAGUUCUAAACGCGUCGCUCGACUGCUCCGGCCUAUUCCGACCGUUCAGUGAAGCAAGAUACGUGGUAGAGAGUGCUUGUUUCGUACGACGAAUCUCUAUACCGCUAAAAGAGACCAAUAAAAAACGCCACUUCAAAGGAGAUAAAAUUGAAUAAACUAAAGGGGAUAUUCAACGAUUUGAAUAAACGUGCACGCAUUAGAAUCGUGGUGUUCGUUGCGUUGAAGAGCGAGCCGACGAACGAUGGCAUCGACAAAGGACGACAACGCGGACAGCGUGCAAUUUUUCGAAGGCGUAGAGAAGCUCCUCGAGAUAUGGUUCACCAGUAAUAACGCUAAAAACAGACAACUUGGUGAUCUUCGACAAAUUUCUCGGCAAAAAUGGGAAUCCCUGUUGAAGAUCGUUAGAUGCGAAAUUAUCAGCUUCUGCCGCAAUGAUCAAGUAGAUGCCUAUGUGCUCAGUGAAAGUAGUAUGUUCCUAUCAAAGCGCAGACUUAUCUUGAAAACAUGUGGUACUACAACACCUUUACAAUGUUUGGAGCCUCUCCUUAAGCUUGUCGAACAAUACACCGGAUUUGACGAAGUAGAGGAUCUCUUCUAUUCGCGCAAGAAUUAUAAACGGCCAGAGUUACAAAUUUCACCGCAUCAUGCAUUCGAAGAAGAGGUUGCCUUACUCGACACGUAUUUUCCCGAUGGAGAAGCCUACUGUUUGGGAUCUAUCAACACAGAUUGUUGGUAUUUAUACACUCUAAAUAGAGAAAAAUCCUUACAAGAAAAGGCAGAACCAGAUCAAACUUUAGAGAUUCUCAUGACUCAUUUAGACCCUGAUGUAAUGGCCAUUUUUACACGAGAUAUGUGUUCUUCUGCUGCCGAAGCUACUCAAAAAUCAGGAAUCGAUAAACUCAUUCCCAAUAUGAUCAUAGAUGAUUUUUUAUUUGAACCCUGUGGUUAUUCCAUGAAUGGUAUUUCCAAAAGCGGAAGCUAUAUGACUAUUCAUAUUACACCAGAACCAGAAUUUUCUUAUGUUUCAUUUGAAAGUAACAUUCCUGAAGCUUCUUAUGAAGAGAUAAUACGGCGUGUACUUAACACAUUUAAACCUGGCAAAUUCGUUGUAACUAUCUUUGCCAACAAGGAAUCUAUUGCUGCUAGCUGUCCACGCGAGCUGGAGCAGAACGAUUAUUUGAAUUCUUCUGAAGCUUGGCUACGUACCGACGCGCAGUAUUGUCGUUUCAAAAAUUAUGAUUUGACCUGUGCAUUUUAUUCAAGAUUCCCGAGCUGA